AUGUUUCCCUUGGGGUAUCGCGAGGGCUUCAGUCAAUGGUGGGCUGGUCUGCCAGCUGCUGUGGCAGAGCACAAAGUGCUUGCUCACCUGCCUUACCUUUCACACAAACCACCCACCCAUAUGCGUACAGGAAGCACGGCGGACUCUCCCAACAGCCCCAUCGAUAGUUUGACAGCGGAAGACUAUAGCCAGCAAGGCGAGGUUGCGACGAACUCGUUGAAUGAUCCCUAUGGCCCUCGCCGCUGGCGCUCCAGCAUGGUCGAGCUGAGUGGCAAAAACCGCGCCCUCAACGAAUUCUCGGUGGAACGGGUGGGCGAAGACGCCAACCAGCAUCUCGUAAUGCUCCACGGAUAUGGAGCGGGCCUGGGAUUCUUCUACAAGAACUUCGAGGCGCUCAGUCGGUUGAAAGGAUGGCAGCUCUACGCGCUGGAUAUGCUGGGAAUGGGGCGCAGCACGCGACCCUCGUUCAAGAUCAAGGCGAAGGACAAGGAGGAAGCCAUCCGAGAGGCAGAGGCGUGGUUCGUGGAUGCACUGGAGGAGUGGCGAGUGAAGCGCAAAAUUGACCGCUUCACCUUGCUCGGCCACAGCAUGGGCGGCUACAUGGCUGUCGCCUACGCGUUGAAGUACCCUGGCCAUUUGAACAAGUUGAUUCUGGCCUCGCCCGUGGGGAUCCCCGAAGACCCGUACGCUGUCGCAGCCGACAUGCCCGAGCCGUCCGACUCGACGCUGGCCAAUGAGUUCACGCAGGACCAGCAGCAGAUCGCCGAGUCCACAAACCGACUUUCCAACAACAACAACAACAACAACAACAACAACUAUGAUCAAAAUCGCACAGUCCACAAUACCGCAGACGAAUCAGAUCGUCCGCCCCGCCGUUCGAUCCCCAAAUGGUUCGCCUAUCUAUGGGACGCCAAUAUCUCCCCCUUCAGCAUCGUCCGCUGGUCAGGACCUCUGGGGCCGCGCCUGGUGUCCGGCUGGACCUCGCGACGCUUUUCUCAUCUACCAGCUGAUGAAGCCAAGGCACUACACGACUACUCGUACUCGAUCUUCCGUAUGCGUGGAAGUGGCGAGUACGCCCUAGCGUACAUCCUCGCCCCCGGCGCGUUCGCACGCAGCCCUCUUAUCCGCCGCAUCCAAGGUGUCGGCAGGCAACGCGAAAACGGCAUUCCCAUCGUGUUCAUGUACGGCGACCAUGACUGGAUGGAUGUCAAUGGCGGGUACGCCUCGCAAGCCAAGCUUGAGGAGGAGAAGCAGCGGGUAUUGCAGAACGCGACUCUCGAAGAGCGCGAGGCGGACAAUGGGUCCAGCAAGGUGAUCGUGAUCAAGAAUGCCGGACACCACGUCUACCUGGACGGAUGGGAGGAGUUCAACCAAGUGAUGCUUGAGGAAAUGGAAGACGUGGGCCGCAGGGCAGGGAGAGAGCACCCCCUUCCCCCUCCCUCCCAGCCAUGA